AUUUACUCAGUUAUCUUUUUAGAAAAAAAAAAAAUAACCCAAAUUAUAAGCAAUGAUGUCACAAGUGACAUCUUGCUUACUACUAUUCAUGUGAUCACUGAUUGGCCAAUCAGCGAUCACAUGAUCGGGACCUCACACAGAGGUCCCGUACAGCGAUCAGUGUUCUGCUGUGUCCUCCGGACACAUGAAACACUGAUCGUCAGACAGGACCUCUGUACGAGGUCCCGAUCACGUGAUCACUGAUUGGCCAAUCAGUGAUCACAUGCAAAGUAGUAAGCAAGAUGUCACUUACU